GUUCAACUGACGGCAGCCUGACACUCCUCCCUGCUCAGUCGACAGCAGCGGAUCCUCCUCCUCAGUUUCCCCCGCGUCCUCCACCUCACACACGGCGUCUCUGUCCGCUUGCCCCCCCCCGCCGGUACCCGUGUGACGGAGUGAACGUGUGUUUUCUGGGGGGAUAUUUCUGUAUUCCUCCCUGUUUUCUGUCUCUCUGUCGGAGCGUGUGGAGCCCGGACCGAGCGCGGACGCAGCCCGUGUCUCAGGCUGCACCGGUGGGCGGAUAGAAAGCGGAGGAGGGCAUCCGGAGCAGGGCCUGGCACCUCCGGAGAGUCGCCUUGAAACCCACGGAAUUCACCAUUUUCAGGCUGCACACUGCCCCGCUAUGGAGAAGAUGAAGAGGAUCAAGAAGCGUUUGUCGUUAACGCUCCGCUCCAGUCACACCAUCGACGAGUCCCUAUCUGAACUGGCCGAGCAGAUGACCCUUGAGGAUGGCGGCACCAAGGACAAUGAGCCCUUCAUGAGGAACGGCCGCCCCCCCACCUCCCACAGCAUGCACUCCUUCCUGCACCAGUACACCGGCUCCUUCAAGAAGCCCCCGCUCCGCCGGCCGCACAGCGUCAUCGGCGGCACCUUGGGAUCCUUCAUGGCUAUUCCACGCAACGGCAGUCGUCUGGAUAUUGUACAUGAGAACUUGAAGAUGGGCUCAGACGGGGAGAGCGACCAGGCGUCUGGAACGUCGUCUGAUGAGGUUCAGUCUCCGACCGGCGUCUGUCUGAGGAACCGAGUCCACCGGCGGAUCUCCAUGGAGGACCUCAACAAGCGUCUGUCGCUGCCAGCUGACAUCCGAAUUCCCGACGGUUACCUGGAGAAGCUGCAGCUCAGCAGUCCGCCCUUCGACCAGCCGCUCAGCCGACGCUCCCGCCGGGCUUCUCUGUCGGAGAUCGGUUUUGGGAAGUUGGAGACGUACAUUAAGCUGGACAAACUGGGAGAGGGAACCUACGCCACAGUAUUCAAAGGACGCAGUAAGCUUACGGACAACCUGGUGGCGCUGAAGGAGAUCAGGUUGGAGCACGAGGAGGGAGCACCAUGCACCGCCAUCAGAGAGGUGUCAUUACUGAAGGACCUCAAACACGCCAACAUCGUGACGCUACACGACAUCGUUCACACUGAAAAGAGCCUAACGCUCGUCUUCGAGUACCUGGAUAAGGAUCUGAAACAGUACAUGGAUGACUGUGGAAACAUAAUGAGCAUGCACAAUGUGAAGAUCUUCCUGUUCCAAAUAUUGCGAGGGCUGUCAUACUGUCACAAGAGGAAAGUUCUCCACAGGGACCUGAAGCCUCAGAACCUCCUCAUCAAUGAGAAAGGCGAACUCAAACUGGCUGAUUUUGGUCUGGCGAGGGCCAAGUCCGUCCCAACUAAAACCUACUCCAACGAGGUGGUGACGCUUUGGUAUCGGCCUCCUGAUGUUCUGCUGGGAUCCUCUGAGUACUCGACACAGAUCGACAUGUGGGGCGUUGGUUGUAUAUUUUAUGAGAUGGCUGCAGGUCGGCCGCUGUUCCCCGGCUCCACCGUGGAGGACGAGCUCCACCUCAUCUUCAGGUUACUGGGAGCGCCCAAUGAGGAGAAAUGGCCGGGAAUCUCCUCCAUCGAAGAGUUCAAAUCCUACAACUUCCCCAAAUACAAACCACAGCCGUUAAUCAACCACGCUCCCAGGCUGGACAGCGAAGGCAUCGAGCUGCUGCUGUCUUUCCUCAGAUACGAAUCCAAGAAGAGGAUUUCAGCGGAGGAGGCGAUGAAGCAUUCCCACUUCAGGCAGCUCGGGAUGAAAAUCCAAACACUGCCUGAGAGUGUAUCCAUAUUCACAUUAAAAGAAAUUCAGCUGCAGAAAGACCCCGGCUACAGGAACUCCUCGUAUACAGAGUCAGGCAACGGCAAGAUCAACAGGAGGCAGAGCAUGCUCUUCUAAUGUUCAGUGACGGUCGACUGCCCCCCCUCAUCAUCACUCCCCAUCAAUCUCUCGCAUGAGCCCACCUCCUUUCAGAGUGACACCCCUCCAACUACCUACACACACACACACACACACACACACACACACACACACACACACACCCCUCUGAGCAAUUGACUCUGGGUUGAAUCUGUUUGGAAACUGUGUUUAUUUAUUGGGGGGAACGGGGUGAGGUUGAAUUUAUUUGCUGCUAAACUACUACUGUCUGUAUUUAACACACUGUGUGUGUGCAUGUGUGUGUGUGUGUGUGUGUGUGUGUACAUGAUGUGAACUCGAGACGCCGUGCACAGUUCAGCAGUCAGUAAGGUUACUUUGUCUUCUGACUGCGAUUCUCUGGCUUCGUUUGAGUUAGAAUUCCACGGAUGUUGAUGUCGACGCUGUGAUCCCAAGUUGUUGUUCUUGUUGUCGUGCUCGGAGACCGAAAGGCUUCAGUUUUCUCCAGUUUUUUUCUUUUAUAAAUAUGUAUAUCUAUAUAAAUAUAUAUUUGGAGUUUAUGUUUUGUUUUCCUUCGAGCUUCCUUGACCGAACUCCACAGCAUUUCCAGGUUUAGAAAGACUGGGACAGCUAAAUUGUUGGGGGAAAAAAUGAUUCCUCUGGAUUCCUUAUCAUCAGUCGUCCGUAACAUUUCAGACGGACUCUGCUUUGAGAGGUCCGGCUGGUCUCAAGGGGUUUCCCUGAGGGUCUGUGAUCGGACUGUGUUAACUGAGGGUUAAGAAGCACACAGAGUCCAGUAAAGCUGGGAGAACCUUGAACCAACUUGUGGUUCUUUCCAACCAAUCUGGCUCAGCAACAAGACCGAACCUGAGGAACAGGGGAAGGCAACCAGUCGGGAAGAUGAGCAGAAAGCACAGAUGAAAGAGGAGGAAUACUGGAGCCGAACAGGAAACCACGUGAUAUCCCACAGGAAGCCAGAAAGCCUUCCGUAAGACCCCUCAACAAACUGCCAGGACUUCUGUGCUUUUUGUUUUUUGUAAUGCAAGCUACACCUUCUCGCUCUGUGUCAUUCGCAGAUCUCACUGCAGUAACUCUUUGUUUUUAACUUGCACUUCAGUGUGGUGUUAUGGAAUCAGGGACCCGGGCCUCGACACGGCCGAGUUUACCCAACAGUAUUAAGAUGUGUACUCUGUAUCUGUGAACUUUGACCUCUCCUUGUGAAACAACGGUGUCAUUGUGGCAUGUUUUGGGAGGGGGCGGGGUUGGCGGGGUGGGACAGCGGGGACCAGUAGAGUGUGUUUCAAAGCAAAAUGGUUGUUUUCCACUUGGCCUCGGACCACUGCUCUCUCCAGCUUUUGUACACAAGACGACAAAAGAAAAGAUUUCAAAUUGAAAUGUUCGAUUUAACGGCCCGCUGUGUUGUUUGCAACUGACAGUGAUGCUACAGAUGCAGCAUGUUAAGAAGUCUCACUUUUGACAGCUUUUUCUACUGGAGCUAAAGAACAGAGCCCCGCCCCAACAGCACUUGAACCCUGUGACAUUGAUGUGCUUUGCAUUCCUGGUUGAAUUUAGUUGCAUGCGUCAUUUAUUUUAUAACUGGGAAUCAACAUAGGUGUAGUCGAGAUACAGUAUGUCCAGCAGCUGUGUGGUGGUUUUACCAUUAUUAAGGAAAAGUUCAACAUUUUGACAAACACUAUUGAUAUUGUUCUCGUGUCUGUACGGUAAACUAGCUUAGCGCCUCCAAAGCUCUCAAAUGAACAUGUCACAUCUUGUUUGUCUUAUCCCAACAAGUGUCACUCACAGUGAGUAGAAAUAGUCUGGACUUACCCUUGGCAACUAGGCAUUUGUACACUUCUGUAUUUGAACAAAGUAAAUGAAACAGGUUUUCAGGUUAGCUGUUCCCCCAUUUCCAGUUUCAGUGCUAAGCUGAACUCCGAUAACUAUCUCUUAUAUGUAAUGCACAGACAUGAGACUUUCAGUUAACUUUUACUAAACAUUGUGUUUCAGUGGUGUUUUAGUCUCUUGAAUUUCCAGAGCUGCAACACAGAACAACCACACAAAGAGAAAUCAGUCGUGGAAAAGUGAGUGAAGUGAAAAGGCUUCUGCACUAACUGACCCCAGGGAUGCAUCAGACAUCACAAGUUAAACAUGAACGAGUGUGUGAAUAUCCGAGGGGAGGGGGGGGUUCUGUAACUGCAGCUUAUUGUCUGUCGAGAUUUCAAUGAGCAACAACCCUAGAAUUCUCUAAUUGGUAGAACAGAUUAGAAGCGUGCAGGAAGCACCACUAAUGCUCGAUCAAUAACAAACGUCAUUAAUGUAAUAAACAUUAACGGAAACACAGUUUGCCGCUGACGGUGUAAUAAUCCUGUAAACACACUGUAUUACCUGUCAUUCCUGUAGUUUGUCCUUUCAGUGGUUUUAUGAAUUAAUCAAUUAAAGUUCAGCACAAACGGUUACAGCCGAUAGAGAUGAAGAUACCGUACAUGGUUUAUAUUUCUAAUAAUGUAACAGUUAUUGUGUUCAUACUAAAACAUCCUGUAUUACAUUGACUCACAGAGCUACGGUUUUCCCCUUGGUAGUUUCGAGUAUCUGCAUUUUUGGAUGCUUCACUUAAAGACCUGUUAACACACAUAAGGAUGAAAGUUUAUUCCAAUAUUAGCUGCAAACUGUGUUUCUGUUAAUGGAGCAUUUUGUAUAUGAACAGCAGUAACAUGCAUGAAAGGAGAUUUCUACAAUGGCAAACAUAUUUAUCAUUGUAAAACUGUACUUUUUUCAAACGUAUGAAUGACCUGACUUCAUGUGAACAUGUCUGAAUGCGUGUGUGUAUGUAUGUAUGUGUGCCUGAUGCAUGGAAGGCCUGCUGUGUUGUGAAUACGACCUCUCGGAAACACUGAGCUGCCGGUGAACAGUUGGUGUGUGACUUUUUACUGGAACUAUUUAUUUCUCAUAACCAUCGAAAAAGUAAAUUUAAUCUGUUUCAUAAA